AUGGUCGAUACACAACAUGGUCAGCACAUCCACGCGACCAACAUGGCCACUCUCAGCCUCGACCCAGCCCUCGCGGGCGUCAUCCCCCUCGAAGACUACCCCAACAUCGCAGAGGACAUCGUCGCGGGUCGCUUCCCUUAUCCUCCCACCCGUUCCCAGUUUGUCGAGAUGGAAAGUUUCCUCACCGCUGUGGCGGCUGCCUCGUCUCGGGAUAGCGUCCACGUCGCCGCAUACACUGCAUACGUGAAGGGUAUUGUUGUCAUUGGGAAUUUGAUUUCGCGUGCGAGCCAGCAAGACACCGACAAGUUCCUGAACAGCAUCAACACACUGGUGGGUCAAGCCGCGGCCAUCCUCCUCAGUGUGCUUGGAGGCCACUCAAUUGAGCUCUCCCGUGGGGUCGCCACCGGGAGCGAGUGGUUCCUCGUCCAGGUCCUGUCAGCGUAUGGGCAAUGGAUCAAAAACCUGCCUUCCCGACCAGCGAGCGUGCACGAGAACAAGAGCCGCGCCACGGUCGAUCAGCAGGCGGUGCUCAACACGGAACGGAGGGAGGACGAGGCUCGUAUCACUCAUGAGCAGCAUGCCAAGGAAGAAGAGGUCACACGCGCCCAGCAAGAGGCGGCCACGCAGGCGCUCCUCAUUCAGGAUGCGGACAACGACGUUGCGCAACAGGAGGCGCUCCUCGCCCAUUAUAAGACGCAGGCCUCCACUUCACAUCUUGGCAGUAACGCGGCAGCCGGGCCCGUCGCGUCGGGCUCUGGAACCCGCUCAAUGAGACUUGAGGAGGCGUCCCCAGGCCGCGACGCGGUCGUCGGAACCGGCACCAAGCCCAAGGAGGAAGACGUCGAGAGCUCUGCCAAGCCCAAGGAGGAGAAGGACGACGACAGGCCCGACAUCCCUCCAGCCAACGAACCCCCUCCUGACACCGACAGCGGCAGUGACAGUGAUGAUGCGCCCGAACCCCCGCCCAACGGCAUACCUGCCUUCAUCCCCGUCCCAGUGAAACGUCUCCCCCGCCCCAAGCUUCCCCUCCCCAUAGGCUCUCGCCCCGCACCUGAGGUCAUCGCGCGGUGGCAAAUGGAGCACGGCGUGUCCAUGGCCGCCCUGCCAGCCAAGUACCGCAAGGUCAUGCAGCGGCGCGUCGUCAACUUUGUACGCCGCGCUGAGGCCCAUGCGUACAAUGAGUGGGUGGCAAACGGCGCGCGUCUCGAACUUGACGAGGCCCGCUGGGCUCUCAAGCCCUUUCGCCUGAAGGACAGCGGCGGCGAGUACGCGCAUUGGAACCCUCCAUCUGAGACCAUCAUCGUCAACCGUUACGAGGAGCAUAUCCACAUAGGUUUCAGCCAGAUGCUCGAGCAGCGCAAGACGGACACGCAGACGUUGACGAAGAAUGACAAGAUCCAACACAAGGACCCCAUGUUUGUUCACAAGGCUGUGGCCGAGUCGGCUUCUCCCAUGACGGUCGAAUUCAAGCCUGUUGCACUAUUGAAACCCCCCGAAUUCAAGCCUCUUGCAGAAUUGAAACCUCCCGAAUUCAAUCCUGUUUCCGAGCUCUUAGAGGCUGCCGCGGUGUCUGACGGCGAAAUCUCCGUGUCUGAGAUGGAGUCAACCGACGCUGUCCGAGUCGAGACAGCCAUGGCCGCCCCAGCCGAGGCUUUCAAUGCCGUCGAGAGUUUAAAGGCCAACGAUGCGAUUACUGUCAUCUCAACAGUUCCCACUCUGCCCGUCCUCUCCACCACGCCACCAUACAAGGGCAUCGAGCAGAUGCGCGACAUGACAAGCCACUUCGUGGUGGGCGAGGAAGACAUCCCUUCAGCAUCCAGACCGCAUAAUCCAGCGGAAGAAGCUGUCGAGAGCAACGGGGGCGACGGGGCUGUCGCCACCGUCGAGGGCUACGGGUCCGUCCAGCACACUGAAACUGUCCCCACCGAGACCGUCGAGGCCCCGCUCUUCGAGCCUUGGCGUUAUCCAAGGUGUCUCAUACCAUCCCUCCCAUAUGUCCCUGUUCUCUGUGUUGCCCCACCGCCCGAGGACACACCGCACGAGAUGAGGCUCGAUGACUGGAGCGACGAGGUGCUGGCCGAGCCCGUGAUCCUCUCGGAAUUCGGAUGGCACGACUUUGAGGGGCCUUGGGGCUGUCAGGUGGCGCAGUCUUUUGAGCAGAGUGCAGAGGGGGUGGAGCAGCAGUUUCGCGACGCGCACGCCCCCCUCGCUCCUCCGGCCAGCCCCGACAACUUUGACGAGCGCUUCGAGGACCAGGAAGAGUUCGGUGCACCCGAGUAUGCGAAUACAACGGAUGAGGAGCUUCAGGCCCCACUGAAGGAGGACUGCCAUGUCGCCAAGGGCUUCCUCCAGGUGCCGAUUGUGAAGUGCCCCCGUGACGUGACCGAGGAAGAGCGGAAGAUCAUGCGUGCUGAACAGAGGAAGUGGGACUUGGAAGCUGGGGACGAUCUUGUCACCUCAAGCGGCCAUGAGGCUGACGAGCUGUUCACUCUCGAGGCAGCCACGCCGCCACAUUCAUCUACCCAGAGUGCAUGGUCGUCCGACAACUACACAUUUUCGCCACCCAAGGAGUUCAAGAUAGACUGGGCGGACGUCUUGGACGAUGAGAUGGACGCGCGCAACGCUGCGCGCGCUGCGGCUGCCGCAGCCUCGAUGUUCCCCGAGCCGUCGAAGGACUGGGCCGACAUGUCCGACGACGAGAUGGACACCCGGAACGCAAUCCGCGCUGAAGAAGUGCGCAUCGAGAUGGAGGAGGAGGCACGGGUUCAGCGCGAACACGAAGCUGAAGGCGAGCGCCGGCGCCAACAGGUGAUUGAAGACAAGCGCCAGCAACGUAAGGCAGAGCUCCGCGUUCGUGAGCGCGGCUUCGUCCAGGCGCUCUCGGACAUCGAGUCCGUUGGGAGCGCCGACUCACCCGCCUCAGUGGACAGCACCCCCCGCCGGCCGAUGCAGGCCGAACAGGACUCGCCCUCACCCAUCCGCUCCAUGGUGAUGUACUCGCCUGUGCGCUGCUCGACGCCGCUCUUCGAGGAGACGUCCCUCAUCGCCGAACUCUCGCCCACCCCUCCCGACACACCUGAGCACUCCCCACAGGUUGAGCAGACGUCACCCUCUCCAAUGACUGCUCUUCUCUCGCCGUCGCCGCGCCGCGCUAUCGUGGCGAGCUUCAUGGAGACAUCACCAGGUCUCGCGCUCUCUCCUUCCCCACCUGGUUCUCGGGCUCGGUCGGCGUCGCCCGCCUCUCCCACUCGGUCGCGCUCGGAGCGACUGCUCUUCCCGCCUACAAUCUCCUCCGCCUCCAUUCGUGCUUCGCCUCCUGGCACCACACCCACCUCUGGGUCCAGCUCGCGUGGGGUCACUCCUCUCACAUCUCCACCAACUUCUCUGCCCCUCACGCCAUCACCCCGCCACCAGACCAAAGGAAGACGGUCAGGGUCCAGCUCGCGUUCCUCCUCUCGCUCUUCAUCUUCUUCCUCAUCGUCGGCCAUCAGCGACUCGUUCUUUCCCACCAACCUCCCGCAGUCAACGCCCGUGGCGCGCCGUGACCGCCGCCUCGUCUCUCUCCCGGAUAUCACCGUUCGCCGCACGCGAGUCCGCCGGCGCCACAGCGACGGACACGGUCGCCACACUGCCGACUCGGAUGCUGACGUUGAUUCGGACUCGGACUCGUCCAUGGGUUCGGACUCGGGCCGUUCUCCUGCCUCACCCCGUGCACCCGGCUCACCUGCUCCCACACGGCCUCGUGUCGAGAACCCCCGGCGUAGCGUCAGUAUGUGCGCGGCCCCAACCGGCAUGAUGUCGCCGUCUCUUUCCAACUCUGGCCCCCUCAGUGAGGGGCGCGAGCCGCGCGGAAGUUCACUCUUCCCUCCUGCCAGUCCGACGCCUCGGCGCGAGGCAGCCUUCCUCAUCGCCGAGCGGGAGGACUGUGGGAUGAUGCAGGAGCCAGAGGUGGCACAGGAACGGGUUGCGGCUCAAGAGCGAGAGGCCAUCCCAGAGCCACAGGCUGACGAAGAACCAGAGGCAGCGGUAGACACAGUUGCCUUCGCGGAGCCACAGGGCGUCUUCGCGGAGCCACAGGUCGUCGAGGAACCGGAGGCAUCUCAAGAACUGGAGGUCCUCGCGGAGCCGGAGACCCUCGCGGAGCCGGAGACCCUCGCGGAGCCAGAGACCCUCGCGGAGCCGGAGACCCUCGCGGAGCCAGAGACCCUCGCUGAGCCAGAGACCCUCGCGGAGCCAGAGGUCGUCGCAUCAGACGCGACGGAGCCAGUGGUUACCCAUGAGCCCAAGGCCGCCGAGGCUCCGGAGGCAAUUGGCCGAGAGGCGAUUGAGCCGAACCCCGCAGAGCCGAUGGCCAAGCCCGAGGACCCGGUCGUCGACUCAUGGGAGCGCAAGCCCUGGGUUCCUCUCGAGCUCCGCACCAACCGGCGCUGGACGGACGACGAGGUGAAGCGAGUUAAGAAGCUCCGGGCCAGGUGGCUCAAGAAACGUGGCAAGCGCACCGUUGGCUCGGACGCGUCGACUUGUGGGAGCGUGCGCUCCAUUGCUUCAUGGGCAGCCAGUUCGCCGCCCGGCACGCCGCCCGCCAAGCCCAAGGCGCUGGCCGUUAUUCAGGACGAGACGCUCGGGUCGCCCUCUCCGAUGCCCGACACAGCCACUCCGACUCCUAAGACCACAGGCUCGCUGUUGGACCAGCUACACGCGAUCCGGGCGCAGCCCUCUCUGCUUGGCCGUUUGUCCCCUUCCGCUCCACCAGAGGACACACCAACGCCGCGCGCUCCGUCACUCCAGAGCCGGCUCGGGCCCACGCCUAGCCGCGUCCAGAACCUGCGCAACAUGUGGGAACAGGGUGGUGCGCAGACUCCGACCCGGACCGAGCCUGAGCCGCUCCCACAUGUGCUCGAGUCCAACUCCAAGUCUUUCCGCGACCGCGUUCAGGCGUUUACCCCUCCGCCUCCGCCUCCGCCUCCGAGGACACCUACGCCGCCUCCGCCUCCGCCGCCCAAGCCCCGCAGUAGGCGUGGAUACGAGGCGCCGACAAAGGCCAGCGAGAAACGCGAGGACAGUUCCAGCACCCGCCGAUCCAGCCACGCGCCGGCACCACUGUCAUCCACAAUGGCAGCCGCUCACAGGUCGGUGGACGGCCGCGCGACUCCAGCCAGUCGCCCGUCCAGUGCUGAGGGGAACCGUCCUCCCAGCCGGCCAUCCAGCGCCGCCUCACGCCCCAUCCGAUCAACUUUGACCAUUCGCGGAGCAGCCGCGGCACAUGCCCAGGGUACGCUGCCGCCCCAGUCAAGCGCGCGGGACGUGGGAAUGGGAGGGAGAAGUGAGUUGGGGCGUGGUGGUGGUGGUCGCGAACGCGGAGGCACCACUCGUGGCGCUACUCGUGGGACGAUUAGACGUGGGCGUGGAGGGAAGGCGUAG